AUGGACCAGGACCAGUUCAAGUACAAUCUGGAUUGGAAUGAGUUUGACACGAGGGCUCCUGUCAGCAGAAUGGAACCCACCCCGCGCGCACUCGGUUCACCAGUGCACGUGACCGGCGGGAGAUACGCCUUCCGGCCCCAUCUUUGCGUUGCAUCCGCCGACCCCAGCAGAAAGUCAUUCCCUUUGCAGCAUGGGAGAAGCUGCUUGGGAUUCGCUGGGCUUGUGGCGGUGGCUUGCCGCCAUGGCCGCAGAAGAGCGCGUUUGCAAGCAGUAAGCGAGGUGGAGUUGCCUUUAGAUUCUCUGACCGAAGUGGCAGGUAGCUAUGCCAAAGACCUGCCGCCCGAGAGGCUGCAGGCCGCAAAACGAGUCUUCCCCGAGGUGGACCUCCAGGCAGAGGGGCUUCGUUUGAUGAGCGAGGACCCCCCGGUCCUUCUGUUGGAAGGCAUCCUGUCCGACAAGGAAUGCACAGACUUCGUGGAAUCCAUGCGGGACAAGGAUGGCAACUUCCCCGAACGACUUGGCCAGGCGAACAUUGAUGUGCCGGGGUGGCUCACACCUGUCAGGAAAGCAUUUCGGGGUCUUCCCGUCCUGGACUGGCUUGGCAACCCAACAGUGCGUUGGACAUAUAAGAGCCGAUGCCUGCUGGACGUCUACUUGCAGAAGGUGCGCGACCGGUGUGGCCUGGACUUAAGCUAUGGGCAGGCUAACAUCAAGCACUACCGCACAGACCAGUGGUUGCCGGUGCACAUCGAUUACAAUCGCGCUACCUUGAUGACCUACCUCAAUGAUGUGACAGAUGGCGGGCACACCCUGUUCCCAACCUUGGGCAUAAAAGUCAAACCAUCCAAGGGGAGUGCCCUGAUUUGGCCAAAUCAACCUCCUCUCAAGCAUGCUGGAGACCGCGUGAUGCAUGGUGAGAAAUGGAUCAUUUUCUACAACUGGCCUGCUGCGGAUAACUGGGAAUAUGAUGACAAUUUUGAGUUCAAUGCCGAUUGA